AUGUAUGAUAAAACAGUUAAUCAUAUAUUUAAGUUUGCUCAAAUCCUUAUAGUUGUGUUGGUUCGUGUUCAGGAUUUGCUUUAUCCCAUUCAAGAUGACCUAAGGAUUGAGAAUAGACAUGGAAGAGUUGUUGCUCUUUCCUGCAAAAUGGUAGGUGGUGGCAGUGAUGGCUCUCUUGACCUUUGUGCUAGAGUUUGCCUAAUUGAUGAACAUGAAAGAAUCCUAUUUCACUCCUACGUUGCACCAAAUCUUCCCAUCACUAACUACAGGUAUGAAAUAACGGGGAUAAGGCCAAGACAUUUGAGGGAUGCAGUGCCACUGAAACUGAAACAAGUAUCAAAAAUGAUUCAAGAUUAUCUUUGUAAUGGAGAACCUUUAACACUAAUACGUUCAAGAAGUGAAAAAGCUAGGAUCCUUGUUGGUCCUAGUUUGGUUAAUGAUUUGAAAUGCUUGGAACUCGAAUACCCAACAAUAAUGAUAAGGGAUACUGCAAUAUACCCUCCAUUGUUGAAAACAAGCAGGUUCAGCAACUCACUCAAGCACUUGACCAAAGCUUAUCUUGGGUACGAGAUUCAGACAGGAGUGCAAGAUCCAUAUGAUGAUUGUGUAGCAACAAUGAGGCUGUACAAGAGGAUGAAAUCACAGGUUCAUGAAAGGGAAGACUAUCCAUAUGCCUUUGACCCACAAAAUCGUAAUAAUUUUGGGGAAUGUAGGCAACAUGAGCUUGAGAAGAUGGCGCCUUCAGAAAUGCUGAAAAACUCUCGAGCAGAUUAUUACUGCUGGUGUUUAGAUUCCUACGAAAAUUAAUGAUCUACUGGACGUAUGGAUCAUGAACAAUUAUAUUAUUCUGGGGUCAAACAUGGAAAAGAAAGCAAUAGAAGAAUUGAU